GGUCAGAUGUCGAGGAGAUCUCCCAACGGCAUACCGUUCCUCUUUGAAGACUUUAAUUUGGUUUCAGAUUCAGUUCUGCCGCGGUUUGCAGAACCAAUCCAAAACGUUACAGUUACCAUUGGAAAGGACGCUCUGAUGGCCUGCGUCGUUGAGAACCUGAGAAACUACAAGGUAGCGUGGGUUCGAGUGGACACCCAGACCAUCCUUUCUAUCCACCACCACGUGAUCACCCAGAACCCCAGGGUAUCCCUCUCCUACAACGACCACAGGUCGUGGUACCUCCACAUAAGCAACGUCCAGGAGAUCGACAGGGGUUGGUACAUGUGCCAAGUCAACACUGAUCCCAUGCGGAGUAGGGCGGGCUAUCUACAAGUUGUUGUGCCUCCGAGGAUCGUCGGCGGGGACAGCACCAAGGAACUGGUGGUGCGGGAGAGCACGGAGAUGAGGCUGGAGUGCCACGCCGAGGGAUACCCGGAGCCCUACGUCAUGUGGCGAAGGGAGGAUGGGAAGGACAUGAACUACAAUGGCGAUAUAGUUAACGUUGUGGAUGGUGAAAUUCUCCACAUGAGCCGAGUAAGCAGGCUUCACAUGGGUACCUAUCUCUGCAUAGCAUCCAACGGAGUCCCUCCUUCAAUAAGUAGGAGGGUAUCACUCAAGGUUCAAUUUCCUCCAAUGCUGUCCAUCCCGAACCAGCUGGAGGGUGCCUAUAUCGGCCAGGAUGUCACCCUGGGCUGCCAAACGGAAGCCUUUCCGUCGUCCAUCAACUACUGGACAACCGACAAUGGCGACAUGAUCGUCUCUGGUGAGAAGUACGAGACCAGUUCUUCCGAUGACGGAUACAGCAGGUUUAUGACGCUGAAAAUAAGAAACGUCACUUCCAGAGACUUCGGUUCUUAUCAGUGCGUCGCUAAGAACUCUUUGGGUGAAACCGACGGAGUGAUUAAACUGGAAGUUUACUUUGCACAACAGCUGUCUUUCUUUCAGCUGAUACAAAAACGGCGCUGCCAUUUCUUUCGCUCCUCGACUGAAGGAGGAGAUGAAGGGCUGACGGACUGGGCUAAAGACCUCGAGGACGGAGCUCUUAACACGUCUGCUCUGGAAAAACCUGGAGAAAAACCUCCGGUGGCUCUGUCACUAUUAAUAACGUCAUCUUCUGUUAAAGCAGUCUCCAUUUCUGUUUCAGAAAUCCCGUCGCCGCUAUCGAGGACCACAGCACCCACCUUCGUCGCCGUUGACAAAAAAUGGCUGAGGAGGUGGGCAGGUAUAGUAAGAGCAGAGACCAUGGAAAGACCAAGGAAGGCCUUUGACAGAAGAGGGUUUGAAUCUGGAAAAGGAGGAGGAGUUGUUAGCUGGUUAGCUGACCUACUUUCCCAUUCAUAA